AUAAAACGAUUUAUCAGAAAGCCAUGGAAAUGGAGAAAGCCUACCGAGAGGACCAAGGCCUGGAUGAUUAUGAAGAUGAUGUCACAAGCCAGGAUCCUAAGGCUUCCGAGAAGCUACAUCGAUACAAUGCUGGAGAGCUACGCAGCCGCGUUCGAUUUCGGGACGUUAGUCCCGGAGAAAGUUCUGAUGAAAGCGAUUCGGCCCGGAAACCCCACUCCCGUCGACGCUCGACUCGGGAAAGCUCCGAGCAGAAGA